GCUGGUGUAAUCCAAUAAACUCCAGUCCGUGUUUCCUUAGGAGCUCAUCUGCCUCUCUGGCAGGUUUGUUUACUGGCUGGGAGAAAGAGAUCCAACACAGCCUGGGAGACAAUCUACCUCUGUCUGUGCAAGAAGAAAAGGAUUUGCUUUUUUGUUGUUGUUGUAAUACAAAACAACACGAUUCGGACUCACCAUUUGGGGAUGGAAGAAGAAUCCCCGGCGCAGCUUCACUUCGCAUUUGAAACAAAGUGCAACCAAAGAAAACAAGCAAACGUGGAGCUGGAAAAAUCUCUUGGAAGGAAAUCUCAGCACUUUUCUGACCGAGGGGACAAGCUGGAGCUCUGCUUGCUUGCGUGCUUGUUUACUUACUUACGGAGCUGAGAAGACUACAAGAAAAAAAGCAUUUUGCCGUGUUCUUUUUUUUUUUUUGCACACUUGGAGGAUUUGAUUUGUACGCCACGCAGCAUUACUCUUCACUUGAAUUACAUCGAAUGCCAUUAAUAUACAUGUGUAUAUAUAUAGAACCUGCUUAAGAAAUUAACUUUGAGAGUCACAUGUGGUGUUUUUUGAUCAGGCGUGAGUGUCUGAGGGGCUAAAUUGUGAGUGGGGGGUGCUGGGCUAGCUAGAUUUUGACAGCUAGUUAACCAGACAACGUUAGCGUGGAAAAGUAGUUAUUAGGGGCGGCUACUUCACCCGCACAGGCGAACUGAAAGGCGCGGAGCCCAUUGAAGACGCGACAAGUCGGCUUGUCAACAGCCGCCGUCCAUUAGGAGGUGGGGAAGCUAGUUAGCAUUAGCAUCAUUAGCCGUGAACACGUUGGACUCGUUCUUCCGCCCGUCUUCCGGGAUGUCGUCUGUGACUGUCACGUCGUGUUUACUUGCUGGCUCUCGCCGCAAAACCAAAACAAUUUCCUGAAGAAUAGCCGCCCCCCCCCUCCUCUUUUCCCAUUGUGUCCACUGUCACGUUCGCCAAGAAGGAUUUUACUCGGGAGCGGUGACUCAGCCCGAGUCAGUUAUGUGGCUGCGGACUUUGACAUGUGUUGUGGCCGCAGCCUGCUGCUUCUUGACCAGCUGUCAUCCAGCGUCGGGGGAGAUUUGCCCAAGCAAGGACAUCCGCAACGAUGUGACCAACCUCAACUCGCUGACUAACUGCACGGUGAUCGAAGGUCACCUAAAGAUCCUACUCAUGUUUGGGACCAAGCCCGAAGACUUCCGAGGCCUCACCUUCCCCAAGCUGACCGUGGUGACCGACUACCUGCUGCUCUUCCGAGUGUAUGGCCUGGAGAGUCUCAGCGACCUCUUCCCCAACCUGACGGUCAUCCGAGGCAACAACCUGUUCUUCAACUAUGCCCUGGUGGUAUUCGAGAUGCUGCAGCUGCGAGAGAUCGGCCUCCAAAGCUUAAUGAACAUCACCCGGGGGGCCGUGCGGAUCGAGAAGAACUGGGACCUUUGCUACUUGUCCACGCUGGAUUGGUCCAAGAUCCUGGACUCUGUGGAGGACAACUACAUUGUGGCCAACAAGAACGAAAGAGAGUGCGGGGAUGUGUGCCCCGGGGCAUCCGUGGGGAAGACCACCUGCCAGACGACGACCAUCAACGGGCACUUCAGCGAACGAUGCUGGACGCAGAAGCACUGUCAAAGAAUGUGUCCCGUUCAGUGCAAACAUCGGACCUGCACCAGGGAUCACCAGUGCUGUCACGACGAGUGCCUGGGUGGCUGCCUGAGGUCUCAGUCGGCGGCUCACUGCGUGGCCUGCCGGGGCCUCCUGCACCAGGACACCUGCGUGCGGCGCUGCCCAGACAACCACUACACCUUCAAGGGCUGGCGCUGCGUCUCCUUCGCCUUCUGCCAGGAGCUCCACAGCAGGUGCAAGUGGGAGAAGGAGCGCAGCAAGAACUCUGAGUGCCACGAGUACGUCAUCCACAACGGCGCCUGCAUCCCUGAGUGUCCCUCGGGCUACACCACCGUCAACUCAUCUUCGCUGAACUGUACGCCAUGUGCCGGCCUCUGUCCGAAGGUGUGUGUGGGCCUGAAAACCGUGGACUCCAUCACUGCGGCGCAGGCUCUGAGAGGCUGCACCAUCCUUAACGGCAGUCUGGUUAUCAACCUGCGCGGAGGAAACAACAUAGCGGCAGAACUGGAGUCCAGUCUGGGCCAGCUGGAGGAGAUCACGGGCUACAUGACGGUGCGGCGGUCCUACGCCCUCGUCUCCCUGUCCUUCUUCCGCAAGCUCCGCGUUAUCCGCGGGGAGGAAACGGAAAUCGGCAAUUACUCCUUCUACGCCCUGGACAACCAGAACCUCCGGCAGCUGUGGGACUGGACCAAGCACAAGCUGACCAUCCCUCAGGGCCGUAUGUUCUUCCACUACAACUCCAAGCUCUGCAUGGCCGAGAUACGCAAGAUGGAGGAGGUGACCGGCACCAGAGGCCGAAAGAACGACAUCGCGUCCAAAACCAACGGGGACCAGGCCUCGUGUGAGAACCACGUGCUGAAGUUCACCAUGAUCCGCACCAUGAGCGAUAAGAUCUUGAUCAAGUGGGAAGCCUUCUGGCCGCCGGACUUUCGAGACCUGCUGGGCUUCAUGGUGCUCUACAAGGAGGCACCCUUCCAAAACGUGACCGAGUUUGACGGGCAGGACGCCUGCGGCUCCAACAGCUGGGUGAUCGCAGAUGUGGACCCGCCGCCGCGCUCCUCCGACGGCGAAGUGGAUCCGGGCCACCUCAUCCUGCCCCUGAAGCCCUGGACGCAGUACGCCAUCAUGGUCAAGACGCAGCUGUCCGCCUCUGACGAGCACCAGGUCAACGGGGCCAAGAGUGACAUCAUCUACGUGCGCACCAACGCCACAAAACCCUCGGUCCCGCUGGACCCCAUUUCCUCGUCCAACUCCUCCUCACAGAUCAUCCUCAAGUGGAAGCCCCCCAAUGACCCCAACGGCAACAUCACUCACUACCUCGUCUUCUGUCAGCGACAGGCGGAGGCCAGCGAGCUCUACAAGUUUGACUACUGCCAAAAAGGAAUGAAGCUGCCAUCGCGAGUGCCGACUCAGGUGGACAACGAUGAGGAGCAAAGAAGGAACCAGACAGAGGAGCAGGGCCCAGGGACUCGCUGCUGUGCCUGCCCCAAGACCGACAAGGAGCUCAAGAAGGAGAAAGAGGAGUUGGAGUACCGCAAGACAUUUGAGAACUACCUGCACAACGAAGUCUUCGAGAUGAAGCGCUCCAGACAGCGGCGUGCUGUGAUGGGCAUCGCCAACCAAACACACCUUUUGCCCACCACGGCCUCCAACAGGCCGGCGGGCACAAAUGUCCCCGAUGACGAGGAGACAUUUGAGAGUACCAAGUCUGUGGUCACCGUGCACACCAAGGAGUCCACCGUCAUCUCCAAUCUGCGCCACUUCACCAGCUACCAAAUAGAAGUCCACGCCUGCAACCACCCCACUGACCAAGCCCGCUGCAGCAUGGCGGCGUACGUCAGCGCCCGCACCAUGCCUGAAGACAAAGCUGACGAUAUCCUGGGCCCCAUCACUUACGAAGUGUCUGACAUGACCGUGCACAUGGCCUGGAAGGAACCUGCCUCCCCCAACGGCAUGAUAAUCCUGUACGAAGUCCACUACAAACGCAUCGGAGACAGCGAGGAGCUGCACCACUGUGUGUCCAGGAACGUUUACAGGGUGACCCGCGGCUGCAAGCUGAGAGUGAUGCAUUCUGGGAACUACACCGUGAGAAUCCGAGCCACCUCUCUGGCUGGUAAUGGAUCCUGGACUGAGCCCACAUACUUCUACGUGCAGGAUGCCAGAGAUCCCCUCAACAUCGCAAAGAUUGUUAUCGGACCGGUCAUUUGCGUGGUUCUGCUGCUCUGUGUGGCUGUGGCAGGAUUUAUGAUGUUCAAGAAGAAUCAAACACAGGGGCCGAGCGGUCCCAUCUACGCCUCGUCCAACCCGGAGUACCACAGCGCCAACGACAUGUACGAGGAGGACGAGUGGGAGGUGGCCCGGGACAAGAUCAACAUCAAGCGGGAGUUGGGUCAGGGCUCCUUCGGCAUGGUGUACGAGGGCCUCGCCAAAGACAUCAUCAAGGGCGAGGGCGAGAGCCGCGUGGCCGUGAAGACGGUCAACGAGUCGGCCAGUCUGAGGGAGAGGAUCGAGUUCCUCAACGAAGCCUCGGUCAUGAAGGCCUUCAGUUGCCACCACGUGGUGCGUCUCCUGGGCGUUGUGUCCAAGGGUCAGCCCACCCUGGUCGUGAUGGAGCUGAUGACCCACGGAGACCUGAAGAGCUACCUGCGUUCUCUCCGGCCCGACGCAGAGAACAACCCGGGCCGUCCGCCUCCCACACUGAAGGAGAUGAUCCAAAUGUCGGCUGAGAUCGCGGACGGCAUGGCGUACCUCAGCGCCAAGAAAUUUGUGCACAGAGACCUCGCCGCCAGAAACUGCAUGGUCGCUCACGAUCUCACUGUCAAAAUAGGAGAUUUCGGCAUGACCAGAGACAUCUAUGAGACGGACUACUACAGGAAAGGCGGCAAAGGCCUGCUGCCUGUCAGGUGGAUGUCACCAGAGUCCCUCAAAGAUGGCGUCUUCACGGCACAUUCGGACUGCUGGUCUUUUGGGGUGGUGCUGUGGGAGAUCAGCACGCUGGCUGAGCAGCCUUACCAAGGCCUCUCCAACGAGCAGGUGCUGAAGUUUGUCAUGGACGGAGGCUACCUGGACCGCCCAGACAACUGCGCUGACAGACUACACAACCUGAUGCAGAUGUCCUGGCAGUACAACCCCAAGAUGCGGCCCACCUUCCAGGAGAUCAUCGAGAUGCUGCGCGACGACCUCCACCCGUCCUUCCAGGAGUGCUCCUUCUUCUACAGCGGCGAGAACAAGCCGCCGGAGAGCGAGGACUUUGACCUGGACAUGGACAACAUGGAGAGCAUCCCGCUGGACCCCUCGUCCUACUCGCAGCGGGAGCAGGGCCUGGACCGGGACGAGGGCUCCUCGGUGGGCCUGAGGGGCAGCUAUGAGGAGCACCACAUCCCCUUCACACACAUGAACGGGGGCAAGAGCAACGGACGAGUACUGGCCCUGCCGCGCUCCAGCCCCUCCUAGCCGACUCCUUUACAUCAGAGAUAUUUUGUCAUUUUUUAUAUGUGUAUAUAUAUAUAUAUAUAUAUAGAGACCACACUUAUAUCACUCUCAACAGAGCCCCUCAAUGCACAUCUCAGGAUUUUGACUUUAUUUUUCUCUUCAAAUGCCACAAACACAACACUACAGCGCGUCUCCAACGGGGUGCUUUUUUGUAUGCAGACGCUCCUGUCACGCUUGUACGAACCCCGUUUCCAUAUGAGUUGGGAAAUUG